CCACCACAAAUGGCCUACGGAAAAGACUACGCCGACUCGUUCCGCACCGACCCGGCCGGCUGGCGACUCAAGGUCAGCGAGGACUCGCACGGGCAGCACAAAUGGGUGUACCUCCCCCCCGGGGCAGCGCGUGACGCCUGGCCGCAGGCCCAUGUCGACGUGUACUCGAUGGGUCUGGAGACGGGCCUACCGGACCAGCCAAAGGCCAAGACGCCGCUCGAGGCCGCGCGGAACGGGCUCAACUUUUACCGCGCGCUGCAGAGCGAGGACGGCCACUGGGCGACCGAGUACGGAGGCCCGCUCUUCCUCACCCCCGGCCUGCUGAUUACCCUGUCCAUCCUCCAAGUCGAGCUCUCGCACGAGCGCAAGCAGGAGCUCAUCCGCUACCUCCUGCACAAGCGGCGCCCCGAGGGCGGAUGGGGCCUGCACACGGCGUCCCCGCCGACCGUGUACGGCACCGUCAUGAACUAUGUCGCGCUGCGCCUGCUCGGCCUCGGGCCCGACGAAGGGCCUAUGACGGAGAUCCGCGCGCUCAUCCACGAGAUGGGCGGAGCGACGACUAUCCCGACGUGGGGCAAGGUCUGGCUCUCGGUCCUUGGGUGCUACGACUGGGAGGGCGUCAACCCUAUGCCGCCUGAGCUUUGGCUGCUGCCUGACUGGGUGCCGUUCGCGCCGUGGCGUUGGUGGAUCCAUGUUCGUGCGGUCUUCACGCCCAUGACCUUCCUCUGGGGCUCGCGGUUCGUCGGCGAGCCGACAAAGAUCACGGCCGCGCUCCGCGAGGAGCUCUACACCCAGCCGUAUGCGUCAAUCGACUGGGUCAAGCAGCGCAGCAACGUCAACGAGAUCGACCUCUACUCGCCCCACCAUUCCGUGUACGAGUUCCUCAACAACGUCCUCCACUACUACGAGAAGGUCCCCCGCCUGUCCUGCCUGCCGUCCAUCCGCCGCGCGGGUCUCAGGGCGGCGUACGACCAGGUCGUGUACGAGGACGAGAACACGGGCUUCCAGACCAUCGGCCCCGUUUCCAAGCCUCUCAACCUCCUCUGCCGUUUGGCCAAGGAGAGUCGCGACUCGGAGGCGGUCAAGCGCCACCUUACGAGGAUAGACGACUUCCUGUGGCUGUCUCAGGACGGCCUCUUCAUGACGGGCACCAACGGCAGUCAGCUCUGGGACAUUUCUUUCCUCGCCCAGGCCGAGGUCGAGACUGGCCUCGCCAACGAGCCCGAGAACAAGGAGUCGGUGCUCAGCAUGCUCGACUGGCUCGACAAGUGCCAGAUGCGCGCCAAUCCCAUCCACUGGCACGACGGAUACCGCCACGCGUCCAAGGGCGCCUGGCCGUUCUCGACCCCCGAGCAGAGCUACACCGUCAGCGACUGCACGGCCGAGGGCCUCAAGGCUGUCAUCCAGCUGCAGUCGCUCAAGUUCACGCCCAAGCCUGUCACUCUCGACCGCAUGCACGACUCGGUUGACAUCUUGUUGUCCAUGCAGAACCCGACCGGCGGUUUUGCCAGCUACGAGCUCACGCGUGGCAGCGCCAAGAUGGAGUGGCUCAACGCCGCCGAGGUGUUUGGCAACAUUAUGAUCGACUACCAGUACCCAGAGUGCUCGACAUCGGCCCUCUCAGCACUCAAGUACUUCACCACAGUCGACCCCGUGUACCGUGCGGAUGACAUCAAACUCUGCAUUGAUCGUGCGAUCGAGUGGAUCCACAGCGUCCAGCGCCCUGACGGAUCGUGGUAUGGUUCUUGGGGCAUCUGCUUCACGUAUGCCACCAUGUUUGCGUUGGAAUCGUUGGCGAUUGCCGGCGAGACGUGCGCCAACUCGGAGCGCGUUCGCCGGGCAUGCGACUUUUUGUUGAGCAAGCAGAAGUCUGACGGCGGAUGGGGCGAGACGUACUUGAGCUGCGCAGAGGGCGUCUACUCGCAACACGAGACGUCACAAGUUGUCAUGACUUCUUGGGCGAUUCUCGCACUCAUCUAUGGUCAGAGCCCCGACAAGGAUGCCAUCAAGCGCGGGUGCGAGCUCAUCAUGUCGCGCCAGUUGCCCAAUGGCAGCUGGCUGCAAGAGGAUACCGAGGGCAUCUUCAACAAGAACUGUGCUAUCGAUUACCCCGCAUUCAAGUUCAUCUUUUGUAUUUGGGCCCUUGGCCGGGCGGAGAAAUACCUGAGCAAGUAACCGUUGGCGGUUGCUUGCUGCGCGUAUGCAAACAGAGCGAUAUGGAAG